AGUUGCAUCUCGAUGCUCAAUCCAUUCGCAUCUCUUCUACCAUGCACCCAUUGAAAAACGUAUACACCUUCUACGAUCCGUCGACCAAGAUUUGGACUGGUCUACCGGGGCGGAAACCGAUCUUUAACCCCCAUCAGAGCAUAGGUGAUCUGAUUCUUCAGAUUCUGGAACGAAAUGCCGACAAGGUGGUGCAAAUCAGUGCCGAUAGCGGUGUGGAAGUGACUGGCGCUGAGAUGCGUCUCUGGACGAUCCGGAUCGCACAGAAUCUAAUCCGGAUGGGGUACGGUGGUGUCGGGAGACAAAACGAGGACAUGUUCACCAUGAUCGUUCGAAACGGAGAAAACACGGCUCCGGUACUGUUUGCUUGUUUUGCUCUUGGAAUUCCUGCGAAUACGUUGGAUCCUUCGUUCCUGAGGGAUGAUUUGAGUCACAUGCUGGAAAAAGUGCGACCGAAGGUGGUGUUUUGCGAAAAUGAGGCGUUGGAAGAAACGGUAGCUGCUUGUGAUCUGGCACAUGUGUCCCCGAAAAUAAUUUUAAUGGGACAUCACCUGGUUGGGUAUGAUCACGUGGAAAGUCUACUGAAGGUGACCGGGCAAGAAGAACUGUUUACGCCAGCUCCAAUUGGAAACCCCGAGAAGCACCUUGCGAUCCUUGUGUGUUCCUCCGGAACAACCGGUCGUUCGAAAGCAGUCAGUCUAUCGCACUCGAUCUGCAUCGCCCAUGUGGUCAACUUCUUCGAGUGUCAUCCCAGUGAUAGGACGUUCGCCUUUAGUUCACUCUACUGGCUUUCUGGUGUUCUAAUUCUACUAGCCAGUACGGUGUGGGGAGCCACUCGAAUCAUCACUCGCCAAACGUACCGUCCGGAGGUGGCACUGGACAUAAUCGGAAGGUUCCAGGUAUCGGCCCUCUGUAUAACGCCAUCGCAAGCGUACGGUAUCAUCCACUGUGGACAAGCGAAAGCGUCCGCCUUUACCAGCAUUCGUUUAGUGUUUUGCGGAGGAAGUGCAGUUUCGACAUCGCUGAAGAGAUCGUUUGAAAAACUGAUUCCAGGAAGAUUUAUGGAGGUUGCUUACGGUUUGACGGAGAUUGCUUAUUCGGUAACGUUCAGCAAGAGGGAGCUCUACCGGGAUGGAUCGGUUGGAUUUCCUCGAUCCGGGAUGGAGUUCAAGGUCGUUGAUGAUAUAGGGAGUGCGUUGGACGUCGGUCAGGAAGGAGAGAUCCUGGUGCGAGCGGAGUAUGUGUUCCGGGGGUACUACGGAAACGAGGAAGCUUCCAAGGACAUGUUGAACAGUGAAGGAUGGCUACAUACCGGAGAUAUUGGACGGUUCGAUGAGGAGGGAUACCUAUAUGUAGUGGACCGGAAGAAGGACAUGUUCAAGUAUAAUAAUUUUCCAAUUUCCCCCACCGAAAUCGAAUGUGUGAUUCAGCAGAUGCCGGGGGUGGCAGCGGCCUGUGUUGUGGGGAUUCCCGGAGAACCGAACGAUCUGGCAACUGCGCUGGUAGUGCGGCGGGAGGAUUGUUCGGGCGGGCUCGAUGCAGCUGAGCUUGUUAGGCGCACGAAUGAAUCGUUGCCGGACUAUAAGCAUCUGAGGGGAGGGGUGUACUUUGCCGAAGAGCUUCCGCUGACACCGUCGGGGAAGGUGCUGAGACGGAUGGUGCGAGAAAAUAUCUUGAAAAUGAUGAAGAAACAGUAAUACGGUUUCGAAUACUUCAAAUUAUUCUUAAUUACGAAUAGAUCAAAUUAAACUUCCAACGAGCUCAAAGUAAGACGUUUCAAGUUACAGGUACCAACAUCACAAUCCAUAACAAGAGCACAGACAAACAGUAAGCGG